ACGGUACACUGAGCUUAAUGUAUUAUCUAACUUUUUGCUGAAUCUGGAUAUAAACCUCAACACUUCGGAACUGACAGGACAAACAAUACAAUAAUGAAAUUCACUUCUACUCCACUAGUUCAUCAGUUUCUGGGACCUGUAUUCCUGAAAAACGUAUUUUUAUAGAAGGGGUCUGCUCUCACAUUAGACAUACACUGAUAGGUUGGUGGUUUAAAGGCAUAUGUUUUUGGACUGUAUUUACAUUGACAGACAGUUGAACCAUGGGCACAGAGCGGAGGGAAACACGCUACAGCGUGGACAGAGACCUGCUGGAUGUGAAACGGCUGGAGGAAGCAGCACGAAGAGUGGAAAACGCUGACAACAUGUCACCAUUCAAGUGUCUCAAACAAUCACUGAGGUGUUCAGUGCCCAGGUUAAAGCGCAACAUGGUGAGCUGGUUCCCAGUACUCUACUGGCUCCCCCGGUACUCUCUCUGGGAAUAUGGCAUGUCAGACCUCAUCUCUGGCAUCAGUGUGGGCAUCAUGCACCUGCCUCAGGGGAUGGCAUAUGCACUACUGGCGUCUGUGCCUCCAGUGUUUGGGCUCUACUCCUCUUUCUACCCCUCUCUGAUUUAUUUCAUCUUUGGCACAUCCCGACACAUCUCUAUAGGCACAUUUACGGUGCUCAGCAUCAUGGUGGGCUGUGUGACUGAGCGCCUGGCCCCGGACCACUUCUUCCUUGUCCUGAACGGCACCAACCUGACUGGCGAGGUGGACAUUCAUGCCCGGGAUGCCUACAGAGUCAGCGUGGCAGCCACAACCACUGUCCUGGGAGGAGCCAUCCAGGUGGUUCUGGGCAUGGUGCGGUUUGGCUUUGUGGGCACGUACUUGUCAGAGCCAUUGGUCCGGGCCUACACCACGGCUGCUGCUGUUCACGCAGUGGUGGCUCAGCUCAAAUAUAUCUUCGAUGUUUCACCCAAGCGCUUCAUUGGACCCUUCUCACUGGUGUAUACACUGAUAGACGUGUGCUCCCUGCUGCCUCAGGCGCAUGUGGCCACCGUGUUGGUCAGUCUUGUUUCGUUGACUGUCCUCAUCAUUGCCAAAGAGCUCAACUCCAAAUUCAGCCACAAACUGCCUGUACCCAUUCCAGUGGAGCUAAUCACUAUUGUUCUGGCAACAGUGGUAUCUUACUACGCUGGCCUGAACAGCAGCUCAGGGGUGGAUGUUGUUGGGGAUAUUCCGAGUGGGCUGAAACCCCCCAGUAUGCCAGAUGUCAGCAUUUUCUGGGAGGUGAUUGGCGAUGCCUUCGCUCUGGCCGUGGUGGGCUAUGCCAUCUCCAUCUCCCUGGGCAAGACCUUUGCUCUCAAGCAUGGCUACAAGGUGGACAGCAACCAGGAACUGGUGGCCCUGGGUCUCAGUAAUUCGAUUGGGGGACUCUUCCAGUGCUUUUCUGUUUGCUCCUCCAUGUCCCGCAGCCUGAUACAGGAGACCACAGGGGGCAAGACCCAGAUUGCGGGAGUGGUCUCCUCUGUGAUAGUGCUGGUGACAGUUCUAAAGCUUGGAGCCUUGUUUCAUGAACUGCCCAAGGCGGUCUUGGCAGCUAUCGUCAUUGUCAACCUGAAGGGCAUGUUCCGGCAAUAUUAUGAUAUCUUAACUCUGUGGAGAAGUUGCAAAAUUGACCUGCUGGUAUGGCUGGUUACCUGGAUCUCCACCGUGCUCUGUAAUCUGGAUCUGGGCCUUGCCAUCUCCAUCACCUUUGCGCUGCUGACUGUCAUCUUCAGGACUCAACUCCCAAAGUACUCUGUCCUGGGACAGGUGCCAGGCACAGAGAUAUACUUGGACAUGGAGAUGCACAGAAAGGUGAGAGCAGUCUCAGGCAUAACCAUCUUCCGCUCCUCUGCCACUGUGUACUUUGCCAAUGCUGAGCUCUACCUGGAGGCCCUGAAAGAGAAGAGUGGGCUGAACAUCACCAAAAUGAUCACCUAUAAGAGGAGGCAGGAGGCAAAGCAGAAACGCAGAGAGAGGAGGGCAGAGAGGAGGGCCAAGAGCGAGGCCAGGAGACAGAGGGUAGAUGACAAGACGGGGGAUGGGGGGGAGGUGUUUUCGGUGGAGGAGGAAGCGACGCGUUGGAAGGAGAAAGAAGAGCAGGAGAGCCCAGCAGGGGGUGAGCCGGAGUGGAGCGGCCGGGAGAACGGGACAGUGUUCGUGAUGCCGGCCACGCCCAACACCCUGAGCACGUGGGAGUACCUGAAGUGCGGGGACCCGGACUCAGCCACCCUGGGCUCCACCUCUGAGCUGGACGGUGACACCACCACCCUGGGUUCCAGCUGCGAUGAUACCCUCAGCAGGGACCUGGAGAGGGUGUCUCUGGGUUCUCUGGGCAAGUGGACCUGGGACAUCCAUUCCAUCAUCCUUGACCUCUCCACAGCCAACUUCAUUGACACAGUGGCCAUCAAGACCAUACGAAAUAUCUUUCGGGACUUUGGAGAGAUUGAUGUGGAUGUCUAUAUUGCUAGUUGUCAGGCCUCAGUGGUAGAGCAGCUGGAAAGAGGGGAAUUCUUCAGCCAUUCCAUCACCAAGGGCCACUUGUUUGCCACAGUCCACGAUGCGGUACUCUACUGCCUCAGCCACAGGGGGGCAUCAACAGUGCCCAGCUACGAGUGUGCAGUGACCAUGCAGGGCAAUACCCGGCUGUGACCUGAAGAGGAAGAUUUCCUUCCAGGCUGUGAUUGGACACCCUACUUAUCCAGAUUCACCAGCCACUCCAGAACCACUGCAUGCCUCUUUCCCUACUGGAGAACAGACAAACACACCAGGCUCAGUAGGCCUAUACACAGAUCAGCUGCAGUACUUGACUCAGCACCUUUUAUCGAGAUGAGAGAUAAAAAUAGAAAAAGACAGGGAGAGGGAUGAGAGAAAGAGGGAGACGGAGUAUCUAAGAGAUCUAUAAGUGUGAUCUAAUGGCUGUUACUGGAAAACUCUUCUGACUCAACACACAAACAUGAGUUAUUUAACAGUUAUUUAGGCUUUUCUGUUAUUUUUAGCAUAUUAUCAUUAGACAGAUUUCCUUCCUUCAGCAUUUCUUUGUAAAAUAUUGCUUUCACAUCAGUUUGUAAGAAUAUGAAUUGAACAUCACUCUAUUAACAGAUGAUGCAGGUUUCCUCAGCAUCCACCCUCCCUCUAUUUUAGUGCUGUUUCUGUACCCUUCAUGUGUCUGCUCUGGUGGAGCGGGAGGUGACGGUAGAUGGAAAGACAAGUGUAGGGUGGGGUGAGACAGUCACUGGGAGGUUUCCCCACUCAGCCUGAGUUAUUUUCUAAAAGAAGAACUCACUUAGCUGCCACUCACGUGAUUUUCUGGGACACUGGAACAAUGUCACAUCAACAUCCACAGACUAUUUUUGCUAGAGAGAGGGCUUGCCCCUGCUCUCUAAACAGACCCUGCAAUAGGUGUGUGUGUGUGUAUCUGUUAAGUAUGUUUUGUAUUUGUUUAUAUAUAAACUGACAGAAAGACAAAACAUAUUUGCAUAUUUUUACAAUUAUUAAUCUAAAAUGUAAUUUUGUGUAUAGGUAGUUACCAUUGUUUCACAUGUUCACUAGUGAUUUACAGUAUUGUUUAGGUAAAUGGGCAAAUGGGAAGUCUAUACACUUGUUGGUCUAAAUGCAGCAUGCAUAGCUCUAGUGCCAUUGUACAGCUUUCCCCCAAGGUCAGUAACAGAAACAGAAUGAAUCAUUUUUGUUAUUGUGUAUUCUACUGUAGGAUGAUAUGUUGAAACAGGUAUUAAAAUAAAAUUGUGGAAGACAGGG